AUGUUCAUCCGGCGUGCAUCGUUUAUAUGCGGCCUGACCACGGAUCUUAGUGUCCAGCCGGUCAACGGCGGUGAAUCGUCACAUCUUUCUGUUAUAUGCAGAAAAAGUCGUGCGUCUACUGGUUCCGACACAUCAUCACAUAAGUUAGUGCUCAACAUUCAUUCACCGCGAGCAACUCAUCGUAAUCCAGAAAUUUUACGACGAGGACAACAAAGGACCAUUACCGACGGUGUUCAACAACACAAGAAAUGCAUAGCAGGAGAGCCGACAAUCAGAACUUGUGCACGUCAUUGGGAGAAAUGGGAAAAUGACUGCCAUCCCAGUUGA